UAAAUGCUGCCAACCUUCCUGGUGAAAUGUGGGCAUGCCUUCCUAUCCUAUGGCCUAUAGUGUGCUGCUCCUUGUUCUAACAUAUCCUUGGCACUGGGCUUGCACUGCCUCGGAUGGGCCCAUCUAUAGCAUGCAAGACAAAAAUAUAGAAGCUUCUUCAACAAUUUCUCAACUUCUGGGAGAGAACUAUUUAUCUGAAAAAAAAUUGCAUCACGAAAACAGUGAAGGCGCAGAUGACUUUUCUGAUCUCUCUGCAUUUCUGAGUCAGGAGGAAUUGGACCAAAGUGUACAUCUAGCAAGAGAGUCAAUUGACCAAGACAGAAAACAGAAAGAUGGGCAGAUUAACCCUAUAUGCCCACCUAGAGAUUUAAAAAAACAAUUUAAACCUUCUGUGAGGCCUCCAGAUGACAAAAUAACCAAACCACCAUCCAAUAACAAAGUAGAAGUGUCCAGCAGCCAUCAGGAACCCCACAUAAAGGUUACUAAGAGCACCACAGAAGGCACUAAAGAUCUGGAAAAAAAUCAAAGAACUAAUCCACAUGGGACAGAAGCAGAGACAAAAAAAGAAUUCCUAAAUAAAGCUGCAGAUUUCAUUGAAGAACUAUCUUCACUAUUCAAAGCCAAUAGCUCCAAGCGAAUAAGACCGAAGACAUUAAAAAAUCGCAGGAGCAAACGUGAACUAAAAAGUGGAAAACUUGAAGAGGACAUAUCUAGCUAUUCUAAUCCACCUGAAAAUCGUGAAAGGCCACAGCAUGUAAAACCAUUAGAAACAGAAAUAACUACUGCUGUACCUGAGACAGGUGAUGGGCUAGAAGCCGUAGAGCUGGAAACUGAUCACAACAAGUUGUAUGUUGAACAAGAUAAUCCAGUGUCAUCAUUUUAUCUCCAGGGGACUAUUGAGCAGCCUCCAAGGUUUAUUCAGAAAUUAAAAAGUAGGGAAGUAACCGAGGGAACUAGAGUACAGUUGGACUGCAUUGUGGUUGGAAUUCCAGCACCUGAAGUCAGGUGGUACUGUGAGGGCAAAGAGCUGGAGAACUCCCCAGACAUUCAAAUUCACAGAUCUGGAGAUCUGAACUCCCUGGUUAUUACUGAAGCUUUUGAGGAAGACACUGGACGUUACUCCUGCUUUGCUUCCAAUAUAUACGGAACAGAUUCCACUUCUGCAGAGAUUUAUGUAGAAGGAGCAUCAUCCUCAGAGUCUGAAGGUGACUCAAGCAAAACAGCCCUGGAUCAGCCUCAAUGUGAAACUUCAGCAACUCAGGACACGUCUGACCUACAGAACCUUCCCUACAAUACACAAGAAAUAUCACAAGCCAUGAUCCAGCAGAGUCAAAGCCCAACUUCCUACCUUCAGGGUCCAGAUGGGAAACCGUUAAUUGCAGCUCCUGUUUUUACCAAGACCCUACAGGACCUAACGUCGUCUGAAGGCCAAUUGGUUGUAUUUGAGAGCAGAGUGAAAGGAUCUCCCUCGCCUAAGGUUGAAUGGUACAGAGAAGGGACCCUCAUUGAAGAUUCACCUGAUUUUCGAAUAUUACAAAAAAAGCCACGAUCUAUGGCAGAACCUGAAGAGAUAUGUACUUUAGUGAUAGCAGAAGUCUUCUCUGAAGAUGCUGGCAUGUUUACAUGUACUGCCAGUAACAAAUAUGGCACCACAUCAAGCACUGCACGUUUAUUCGUGAAAGGUGCCAAUGAAAGUAAUAUUUCUUCCCCAUUAACUAUGAACACCAUAAACAUUGAUGCCUUCAAACGGGAACCUCUGCCAUCUACACAACCUUGUUUAGCUGACUUUACUCCAAAGCCUAAGCUAGAAGGAGUUCUUGUAAACCACAAUGAACCAAGAUCAAGUUCUAAAAUUGGCCUCAGAGUCCACUUUAAGUUGCCAGAAGAGGACAAAGGAAGUGAAGCAUCAUCAGAGGAAGGAUUAAUGGUGGGGAAGCAUUUGGGGGCUGAUGUACCAGAUAUGUUAAAUGGUCAAACUCUUGCACAGUCAUCUGCAUCUCUGAAGGAGCCUCCACCAGUUCUGGCCAAGCCUAAACUAGACCCAUUGAAAUUACAACAGCUUCAUAAUCAAGUUAUGAGUGAGCAGCAGUCUCAGCCUUCUGUUCCAUAUUCUGCAGAAAGAGACGGCUUGUCUUACACACCUACGUCUGCGGUAACUCAGCCCUACAUGUUUCUUCGUCCUGUACAGUAUAUCACAAGCUCAGAUGUUCCCAUUUCUAAAUCUUCUGUGCCAGGUAUAUUAGCAGUGAGCAAUAACCUAAAUUCCUCUCUGGAAUCUGCAUCAGCUGUAUCCUUAGCGGCUCAGUUACCAGACAUUUCUGAAGACUCUAAUUUAUCUUCACCGUUGGCUUCUACAUUUCGCAAGAACCCGUUUCAAACACAAACUGUGUCUCCUACUCCAGCGUCCCCAACACGGAUACAAAAUCCUGUUGCAUUUCUGAGUUCAGUUCUUCCAUCUUUGUCUCCUGUCCCAACAUCAACUAAUAAAAUGGGUUUACCAAAAAGUACAUCUUUGUCAUUCCAAGAAACAAGGAAAAAUGCAAAAUCAGUGUGGUUUAGUGCUCAGGAUGAAACUAAUAAGAAAAAAGAUGUUGUCCAAGAAUUGGAAAGGAAACUCUCAUUUAGAGAUGAUACAAACCAUUACAGUUAUCGGCAGCAGGAGUAUAAAAUCUCUAGUUUUGAGCAGAGACUAAUGAAUGAGAUUGAAUUCCGUUUGGAGCGUACCCCUGUUGAUGAAUCAGAUGAUGAAGUGGAACAUGAUGAAAUACCGACUGGAAAAUGCAUUGCGCCCAUAUUUGAUAAAAGACUCAAACAUUUCCGUGUUGUUGAAGAAACAUCUGUUACCUUUACAUGUAGAGUUGUUGGAAUACCUAUGCCUAAGGUUUAUUGGUUUAAAGAUGGAAAACAGAUAUCAAAGAAAAAUGAACAUUGUAGAAUGAGGAGAGAAGUGGAUGGGACGUGUUCUUUACAUAUUGAUGCUGCUACCAAUGACGAUGACGGCAACUACACUAUCAUGGCAGCUAACCCGCAAGGAAGAAUCAGUUGCUCAGGACAUUUGCUUGUGCAAACCACGCCACUGCGCCAACGCUCUGUUCCAAGCAUUCUGUCUCACAGGUCAAGGGCUCGGCUAGCUGAAGUAGACAGUGAAACCGUACAAGAGCGAUUCUUCCGGCCGUACUUUCUGCAGGCGCCAGGGGACAUGGUGGCUAACGAGGGACGUCUGUGCAGAUUAGACUGUAAGGUCAGCGGGUUGCCAGCUCCAGACAUCAUGUGGAUUCUCAAUGGGAAAGCAAUUAGACUUGAUGCCAGCCAUAAAAUGCUAAUCAGGGAGAACGGAAUUCAUUCCCUGCUCAUCGAUCCUUUGGUGCAAACAGAUGCUGGGACCUACACGUGCAUCGCUACAAACAAGACUGGACAGAAUUCGUUUAGCCUGGAGCUCAGUGUAGUAGCAAAGGAAUUAAAGAAAGCACCCAUGUUUUUGGAGAAACUGAGGAACUGUGGUGUUCCUGAAGGUCACCCCAUAAGGUUAGAGAGUCGUGUGAUCGGCAUGCCCCCGCCUGUGUUUUACUGGAAGAAAGACAAUGAAACCAUCCCAGCUCACAAACCCAGGAUAAGCAUGCAUCAGGACACCACCGGGUACGUGUGUCUUCUCAUCCAGCCAACAAAGAAGGAGGAUGCCGGUUGGUACACGCUUUCGGCAAAGAAUGAAGCAGGGAUUGUGUCCUGCACUGCGCGGCUAGACAUAUAUGCACAAUGGUACCAACAGAUUCCUCAGCCCAUUAAAAAGACUCGAUGCAGUUCUUCAUACUAUUCCACGUUCUCUGCACAAUCCCUGGAUAUCUUCAGCACUCUCCCGUCUUCUGGAACAGGGAUGCGCUUUCCAUCUGUGCCAACGGGGGUGAUAGAGAGUGAAGAAUUAUAAACACAGCUGGCAACAGUCACCGUAAAACUGUGAAGAAAAUACAACGUUUACAGACCCCUGUCCAAUCAGAACCAUUAGUUUUCCUUCCAUUGUAAAUCAGCCUGACUGAAUUGCUAUUGAUUUAAAUGCAAACCCCAAGCUGCUACUACUGGAAAUACUGGCAGUGAAAUCUAUUUCAUAUUUAUAAAGCAAAAUGAUAUAAAGCUAAACAGAUAUUGUUUUUAUCCCAUGUCACUUUGUGAGUGAAAAUAAAGAUCUAGUAACAAAUAAAA